CCCCCCCCCCCCCCGAGAAGAAAGGCGAGAGAGGCGGCGCGCAAUGGCGGCUGCGCGUUGACGCUCCCAUCGCACGAGCGGCCGCCCGACCACCACCGACUCGGUCCACGUCGACGCGCAGCGCGCCCGAAACACCGCGACCUUCCGCGCCCCACCCCCAACCCUUCGCUCAUCGCGCAACGGCGACCCGUCUUUUAUUUUUUUUAAACUUCCGUUGACAAUUUUACGGGGCGGCGUCGACGUCGUCGCUAGUUUUGUGUGUGUGUUUUUAAACAAUAAUCGCACCCCCACCCCACACCCCACCGCCGUUCGCCCGCCCGCCCGCCCCGCGCCGUCCCCACCCUCCGCCGUGACGCUGUCGUCGUUGUCGCCGUCGUCGUUUUUUGUUGCGGCGGCUGCAAAGUUUGCGCUGGAAAAAUGGCGAGCGCCGGCGCCUCCAAGUCCGAGUUCAUAGUGGGCGGCAAGUACAGGCUCGUGAGGAAGAUCGGCAGCGGAUCGUUCGGAGACAUUUACCUCGCUAUCAACAUCACCAACGGCGAGGAGGUGGCCGUGAAACUGGAGUCGCAGAAGGCGAGACACCCGCAGCUUCUUUACGAGAGCAAACUCUACAAAAUACUGCAGGGCGGCGUGGGCAUCCCACACAUUCGGUGGUACGGUCAGGAAAAGGACUACAAUGUCCUCGUGAUGGACCUCCUGGGGCCCAGUCUUGAGGAUCUCUUCAACUUUUGCUCACGUCGCUUCACCAUGAAAACUGUCCUCAUGCUUGCCGACCAGAUGAUCAGCAGGAUUGAGUAUGUCCACAACAAAAACUUCAUUCACAGGGACAUUAAACCCGACAAUUUUCUCAUGGGGAUUGGACGCCACUGUAACAAGUGCACGGAAACAACGGCUGGGAAGAGGAAAAGGAGCACCCAGUGUGUUAGCCAGUGUCUCGACCAGACGUCAUUCUCGGGACUGCAACAGCUGUUUUUGAUUGACUUUGGGUUGGCAAAGAAGUACCGCGACAACAGAACCCGUCAGCACAUCCCAUACCGGGAGGACAAGAACCUGACGGGCACGGCACGUUACGCCAGCAUCAAUGCCCAUCUGGGAAUUGAGCAAAGUCGCCGUGAUGACAUGGAGUCCCUGGGAUACGUUUUAAUGUACUUCAACAGGACAAGCCUCCCUUGGCAGGGCCUCAAGGCUGCCACCAAGAAACAGAAGUACGAGAAAAUUAGCGAGAAGAAGAUGUCUACGCCCGUAGAGGUCCUGUGCAAGGGUUUUCCAGCAGAAUUUGCCAUGUACCUCAACUACUGCCGUGGUCUGCGGUUUGAGGAGGCUCCAGACUACAUGUAUCUGAGGCAGCUCUUUCGCAUCCUCUUCAGGACUCUGAACCACCAGUACGACUACACGUUUGACUGGACAAUGCUCAAACAGAAGGCUGCGGCUGCUGCUGCUGCAGCCUCAAACCCACCCGUUCCUCCAGCAGCGACCCCCUCCGGCAAGCCAGCUGAAAAAUCAAAAAGCAAAGCAGGCUACUGAGCUGCUGAGCAAGAACGCAAACUGAGCGCACAAAACGUUAAACCUGCAUGUGUCAGUGGCGGCAUGGCGCGGCCCUCCAAACCUCUGCCUCCCCUUUUGAGUUGCUCUCUCGUGCGGGCCCUCCCCCUGCUGGCCCAGCUCCACACAACCUGCUCAGACUUGUCCUUUCCAGUGCUGGAGAUCCUGCUGCCUGGCGCAAUGCCUCAGUGCCUCGGUCGUGCAGGUCCCGGCUGUGAAGGAUGCUUGGAAUGUAGAUAAGAGCGCACCCUCUUUCCGUGUGUUAAAAAGUAAUUAAAUAAAACUUAAUUCUAAAGUUGCUAAUUGCAUUACAUGAGCUUGUUAUUUGAGUUGUAUAAUGUAAUUUUUUUUAUUCAGACAAGUUUUCACUUAAUUUGGAGCAGUUGAAACUGAGUUUGGUUUUUCUACGCCUGUUCCCGAAAGCUUCAUUCUUGAUGUGCAUGGCCUCUCAUCACCAUCAUACCAUGUCACAUUUUUGUUAAAUUAAAUUACUGGGUAUGGCGAUGAUGUUAUAUGGUAGACUUGUGAUCGGUCUAAGGUCAGGGGUGGUAAGUACAUGGCAACAUCCCAUUUGUUCAGGGAGUGGCGUGCAACUAUCAUUGCAUCUGUUAAGGAUGCUGCCAAACUCCCAUUGUAAUGUCUUGUCGUUUCUUUACGUGAACAUGGUUACAUUUAUUUAAUUAAAUAAUCCCUUUGGUCGAAUAGUUUGUGAAUGACAUCCUUGCUGCUUAAUGUAACCGACAUCCUGGAUUGGCAAAGCACAGGGAGAUUAACAUGGCAUUCUGCACCAAUGUGGCGACACAACAUACCAUUAUCUGUUUUUAUAAGUUAAAUACUGGAAUUACGUUUUAGUCAGUUUCUGUUUUUUGCACCGAAACGGCCAGUUACCACAAAAAAUGCGAUUGGUAUCAUGCAUUAAGUUGAAUUUGCCAGCGUGUAGCUAUUACGAUUUUUUAAACAAGUGUUUUAAUGGGCUCUUCAAACAGUUGGACAUAAUAGAUUUAAAUGCUGUUUUCAUGCCUAUAAAGUACAGAAAUUGUGUCAUUUUGAAAUUGCAAGCUUUGUUGCGAUGCUUGAAAAGCAUAUCACACUGCAUAAACUCGAAUGUACACAAUUGAAGGCGUGGUAUAUACCCGAACCACUUGUACAUUGUAAAUGGCUCUUGACUGGUGCUUACAGCCUACACUUGCGUUCUGAAGUAUAUUGAUCUUUCUCCUCAUUGAUGUAUACUUUACUGGCUACAUGUAUACUAAUGUAAAACCUAGUAACGAGCAUUUAAAGAAAAAGACAUUUACUUUUUGUAAAGAGUUAUAAUAUUCCGAUGUUGACUAAUUAUUGUACAAAUAAAUGUGUGCUUAAACAUUAGAAGUUAAACGUUUUGUUUACACACCAUUGCAAGUUUUGAACAUAGAUUUGCACAUGGGUUUCACUCGUUUAAAUCGACAGUGAGUUUAGUUUUUAUUACUUAUUGGUUUGGACGAUUACUUAGCAGUUGUAUUUACUGUGCAUCAUUCAAGGGGUAGGGGGAUGGUCGUGUUGCUGUGAGUGUGGAACUGCUGAUGGCUUUGGAAGGGGCUUUGAAAGGGCGAUGAAGUCAAUGCCAUGUUCGGGAGAGCGUGCCAUGCGAUGCUAAAGAGCCCCGACAUGUGUUUUGUAUGUACUGUUAUAAAACGACGUUUGAAUGCGAAAACCAACGUAUGCAUAGCCAUUAAACUUUCAAUAAACACUUCUCCAGCUGAA